GAGCCCCCGGCUUCGCCUGGCGCCCAAAACGCCGGCGGCUACGCGGCGGGUAGCGAGGGGCCUCCCAGCUCAUCGCUGGCGGCGGCCGCUGCGAGCACUUUGCCUUCGCACCGCGGCGCCAGCAACUGGGCCUUCUCUCCGGCGCUCCUGGCCGCGGUCGGUUUCCUGCCAGCGGAGACCUUGGCAGGUUGUCUUGCUCAUGCGUCCUUGGGCCCGCCCUUCGCCGGCCUGGUGCAAGGGCUCGCGGGUGCAUCCGCAGUGCCUUCCUCGGAUCUCGUCUUUGCUCUGCGGUCCUUGGCCGCCGCCGCGCCUGGGCACGCUGCGCCUGCUGCCUUGGCGGCCGCUGCCCUCUUCGGGCGGCCGGGGCGCCCGGUGGGCCUGGCGGAGGUGGUCCACACCCUCCUGCUCGGGGCCGACUUCCUGGACCCUGUCGUCGCCGAGGCCCUGGUGGUGGUGUACGGGGGCUCGGCGCAGGGUGCCGCUGCUGCUCUCCGCGCCGUAGGGCAGCGCUGGGCUGCUGGCGCCGCGAGCUAUAGCUCGAGCGGAGCUGCGGUGGCGAGCUCGGGUGGAGGCGCCGCGAAUGGCGCCAGUGGCCCCGGGCCCUUGCAGCCUGCCGCGGUGCCGGCUGCGGGCGCCGCGGGCCAUAGCUCGGGCGGAGCUGCGGCGGCGAGCUCGGGUGGAAGCGCUGCGAGUGGCCCUGGCGGCCCCGGUCCCGCGCUGCCUGCUGCCGCGCCGGCUGCGGGUGCACCCAGUGCGCCGCCGCCCUGGCACGCCUCUGCAGGCGCUGCGUUGCCCACGGACCUUCCCGUAUUGGGCGGGCAGCUGCCGCCCGUGCCGAGUGGUGCCUCCCGCCGCUCUCGCCGGGCCCCAGCGGCUGGUGGCGGCGGGCAGUCCACGCAGCGGCGCAUUCUACCACGCGCCGACGGGCGGGCUCUGACCGACGUGGAAAUCCUGCGUCUUGCGGCCACGUACCCUCGGGGCCAGCCGCUGUACCGCCACUCUGGCCAGGCCUUCUUCCUGUACGGCUCGCACGGGCAGAAGAUCGGCGUGGCCAUCCGCCCCGCCGAGGGCGGGGGGUGCGUGUCCUGCUGGCUCCGGCAAGGCAAGAUCACACUCUCGGGGUCCCUGGGGAUGCAGGCGGCACUCCUGGGCGCGGUCCAGAACUGGACCGCGCCGUGGGCUGGUGGCCACGCGCAGGGCGCGGCCCCUCCGGGUCCAGCUGCUCUCGCUGUGCAGCCGCCCCCAGCCCUCGCGCCCGCCGGGGGCCCCGCCGCCGGCGCUGGCCCGGGCGGUGCCGCCCCGCCGGCGGGCCCCGCUGCCGGCGCUGGCUCGGGCG